CGUGACUUAAUCGGUGUACAAAACCUGAUCAAAAAGCAGCAGGCACUGAUCGCCGAAAUUGCAAACCAUGAACCACAAAUUGAAGCAGUAGCAGCAGCAGCCGAAGCAAUGAUUAAGCAGGGGCACUUUCUUGCACCGGAUAUUCGUGACAAGCUGGCUCAGCUCCGAGACAGCUGGAGAAAUUUGAAGGCAAAGGCAGAUAAGCGCCGCCAGGAUCUCGACGAUUCCUUACAGGCAACUCUUUCAACAUUUUUUGGCACACCGCCAAGAAUUCAUACGGAGUCGUGGAUGCGUGAAAAAGAACCGGUGGUCGGUAGCACUGAUUACGGGAAGGAUGAGGAUAGCGCCGAGUCGCUGUUGAAGAAGCAUCGUGCUUUGAUGUCCGAUCUCGAAGCUUUCAAGUCAACGAUUGAUGAGCUGCAAAAGCAGGCCAGUCAGUGCAGAUACCAGGAGCAGCCAGGCGGACAGCUGGGACGUGAAUGCGUCAUGGCCCUGUAUGAUUAUACAGAAAAGUCACCAAGAGAAGUGUCAAUUAAGAAAGGCGAUGUUCUCACUCUUCUUAAUUCUACCAAUAAGGAUUGGUGGAAAGUGGAAGUUAAUGAUCGCCAGGGAUUUGUUCCUGCAGCAUAUGUAAAAAAAGUUGAAGCAGGUGCUGCGCAAAAGUCUGCAACACAACAGGUGCCGUCGUCAAUUGGAGCGAAGCAGCACGAGAUUGAGGAUCAGUACCAGAAGCUUGUUAUGCUGGGUGAUACGAGAAGACGGAAACUUGAAGAAGCAUGUAAGGGUUAUCAGUUACUCCGUGAAGCGAAUGAUUUGGCAGAAUGGAUACGAUCAAGGGAAGCAGUUGCAGCGCAACAAGAAAUAGGCAGCGAUUUGGAGCAGGUGGAGGUGCUGCAGAAGAAAUUCGACGAUUUCAAGGGUGAUCUGAAAGCAAAUGAAAUUCGCCUACAGGAAAUGAAUCAAAUUGCCACGGCACUCACAUCGGUCGGCCAAACUGAAACUGCCGUUCGGAUUCGACAGCAAAUCGAGGAUUUGAACGCGAGAUGGCGCGCUUUGGAAGAGCAAACGGAGCAGCGUGAGCAGCAGCUCGGCUCGGCACAUGAAGUACAGCGAUUCCACCGUGACGUGGACGAAACCAAAGACUGGAUCAUGGAGAAAGAUGAAGCACUGGAUUCCGAAGAUUUCGGCCGUGAUUUACGAUCCGUUCAAGCGUUGCAGAGAAAGCAUGAAGGCGUUGAACGCGAUCUUGCUGCGCUUGGCGACAAGAUUAAAACACUGGACGAAAAAGCGAACCGAUUGCGACAGACACAUCCGGAAGCAGCAGAACAGAUUUAUGACCUACAAAAGCAACUCAAUGAGCAGUGGAACCGUUUGACAGCCAAAGCUAACAAUCGGAAGGAAAAACUCCUUGACAGCUAUGAUUAUCAACGAUUCCUUUCCGAUUUUCGCGAUCUUAUGCAAUGGACAGCGGCCAUGAACCAGCUUGUGUCGAGUGAUGAGCUCGCGAACGAUGUGACCGGUGCGGAAGCACUGCUGGAACGUCAUCAGGAGUACCGGACGGAGAUCGAUUCACGCUCAGCAACAUUCCAAGCUUUCGAGCAAUUCGGCAAUCAGCUGCUGAACAGUCACCACUACGCAUCUGAAAAUAUCAAGCAGCGCCUUGAAGAUGUGAACAAUGCUCGGCAAAAGCUUGAAGACUCCUGGGUCUAUCGCCGCCAUAUUUUGGAUCAGUGCUUGGAGCUGCAGCUAUUCUACCGUGACUGUGAACAAGCUGAUACUUGGAUGAGCGCUCGCGAAGCAUUCUUGAAUCAGGAGGAUACCGGCGACAAUGUCGAAAGUCUUAUCAAAAAGCACGAAGACUUCGACAAGGCCAUAGCUUCUCAGCAAGAAAAAAUCUCGGCACUGCAGACGUUCGCGAAUCAGCUUAUAAAUGCCGAUCACUACGAUAAGAACGCAGUGGCGGAAAAGCGUGACCAGAUCUUGCAGCGAUGGGAUCGCCUAAAAGCUGCUUUGAUCGAAAAGCGUAGCAAAUUGGGCGAGUCGCAAACACUGCAGCAAUUCUCGCGCGAUGCCGACGAAAUCGAAAAUUGGAUUGCCGAGAAAUUCCAGAUUGCCCAGGAGGAGAGUUAUCGUGACCCAACACACAUCCAGCAAAAACAUCAAAAGCAACAGGCCUUCGAAGCGGAAUUAGCCGCCAACGCGGAUCGUAUUGCAACUCUGAUCACUGCUGGCCAGAAUCUGAUCGAUGCCAGCAAAUAUACCACAAUUAUUAAGGGCUCAGAUGCUGUUUCGCAAAGACUCAAAGCUCUCAAUGAUCAAUGGGAAUUGUUAGUAAAAACAACAUCCGAGAAAAGCUAUCGUUUGAAAGAAGCGAACAAACAGAAAAGUUUCAUGGCCGCCGUUAAAGAUCUCGAAUUUUGGCUUGGCGAAGUUGAAAGUUUGCUGGCUUCCGAGGAUUAUGGCAAAGAUUUAGCAAGCAUUGAAAAUCUCCUGAAGAAACAUCAACUUCUUGAAGCUGACAUCAGUGCGCAUGCGGAACGUGUUCGAGAAAUGAAUGUCCAAGCGGAUAAUCUUCUCGAAAACGAACAAUUUGAUCAACCUGAAAUAAACGGUCGACGCAAGCUGUUCUACCGUGACUGUGAACAAGCUGAUACUUGGAUGAGCGCUCGGGAAGCGUUCUUGAAUCAGGAGGAUACCGGUGACAAUGUCGAAAGUCUGAUCAAAAAGCACGAAGACUUCGACAAGGCCAUAGCUUCUCAGCAAGAAAAAAUCUCGGCACUGCAGACGUUCGCGAAUCAGCUUAUAAAUGCCGAUCACUACGAUAAGAACGCAGUGGCGGAAAAGCGUGACCAGAUCUUGCAGCGAUGGGAUCGCCUAAAAGCUGCUUUGAUCGAAAAGCGUAGCAAAUUGGGCGAGUCGCAAACACUGCAGCAAUUCUCGCGCGAUGCCGACGAAAUCGAAAAUUGGAUUGCCGAGAAAUUCCAGAUUGCCCAGGAGGAGAGUUAUCGUGACCCAACACACAUCCAGCAAAAACAUCAAAAGCAACAGGCCUUCGAAGCGGAAUUGGCUGCCAACGCGGAUCGCAUUGCAACACUGAUCACUGCUGGCCAGAAUCUGAUCGAUGCCAGCAAAUGUGCCGGCGGCGAGGCAAGAUUUUUCUUCCCCCUCUUCGAUGCUGUUUCGCAAAGACUCAAAGCUCUCAAUGAUCAAUGGGAAUUGUUAGUAAAAACAACAUCCGAGAAAAGCUAUCGUUUGAAAGAAGCGAACAAACAGAAAAGUUUCAUGGCCGCAGUUAAAGAUCUCGAAUUUUGGCUUGGCGAAGUUGAAAGUAUGUUUGUACAGGCUAUAAAUGAUCGAUACCAAAAUGUUCGUAAAAUGGCGGAUAUACGUCGAGAAAAACUUAAUAAAGCCAUCACUGUGUACCAGUUUCUGCGUGAUAUUGAUGAUGAAGAAUCGUGGAUUAAGGAAAAGAAGCUACUCGUCUCAAGCGACGACUAUGGCCGUGAUCUGACAGGCGUUCAAAAUCUGCGUAAAAAACAUCGCAGGCUUGACAAUGAGCUGGCCUCGCACGAACCCCAGGUGCAACUGGUUCGUGACCGAGGCCUGGAAUUGGUCAGUCUCACGGAUACCGCUGGCCCGGAGAUUCGACGGCGCAUGCAAGCGUUGGAGGAAAGCUGGGAUGAAAUUCGAAAUAUCACUGGGAAGAGGCAGCAAAAACUGGGUGAAAGUGAGGAUUUCCAAAUUUUCAUUGGUAAAGUGGAGGAAGAGGAAGCCUGGAUGAACGAGAAGCAGCAGAUUCUCUCGUCCGACAACUACGGGGAAAAUAUGGCCGGUGUGCAGGGCUUGCUGAAAAAGCACGAUGCUUUUGAAGCCGAUUUGGCACUACACACACAGCGCUUAAUUGAUGCCGGCAAUCACCACAGCCCCACGAUCAAAGCACGCUGCGAACAGUUGCGCAAUCGCCUCGAAGAUGUCGCUGAGCUGGCGCGGCGUCGUUUGCAACGUCUCCAGGACAACAGCGCCUAUCUACAGUUUAUGUGGAAAUGCGAUGUGGUCGAAAGCUGGAUUGGUAUGGGUUUCCUAAGCUCUCUGGAGGCAUUCGAUGCGGGCUUGAAUGCGUUCGAGCAUGAGGGUAUCCAGCGAAUCACGGAGCUCAAGGAUCAGUUGGUGAAUGCGCGCCAUGCUCAGAGCGCCAACAUUGAGAAACGACAUGGUAACGUGAUUGCACGCUGGCAGCAGCUUCUCGCAAAUUCGGAAGCAAGACGCCAGAAAUUACUCAAAAUGCAGGAGCAGUACAAACAGAUCGAGGAGCUCUACCUUACUUUUGCGAAAAAGGCAUCGGCUUUCAAUUCAUGGUUUGAAAAUGCGGAGGAGGAUCUGACGGAUCCGGUCAGAUGCAAUUCACUGGAAGAGAUCAGUGCACUGCGUGAAGCUCAUGCGGAAUUCCACAAAUCUCUAUCAACGGCAGAGGAGGAUUUUGGCCAACUGCAAGAGCUUGAUAAACAAAUCAAAUCUUUCAAUGUGGGCCCAAAUCCAUACACCUGGUUCACCAUGGAUGCACUCGAAGAAACUUGGCGCAAUUUGCAGAAAAUCAUCAAGGUUGACCUGUGUUCCUAA